AUGACAUGGCCGGAACAGUUAGUUCGGCGAGCUAGGCUAUUCAGCGAGAAGUGCGAGGCGGGAUUUGAAAAAAGGAAUAGUGUGGUGGAAGGUGGCAGGAGUGUAGAGCAGCAGUGGAUCAGCUGGCAGCGCCCCCCUACAGGCUGGGUUGGCCUUAAUACGGAUGGGUCAGUGGUGUUAGCGCAAGGGAGAUCGGCGGCAGGCGGUGUGAUCCGGGACAGCGAAGGUCGUUUUCUGGUGGAAUACUCGACCAAUCUAGGGGGAGGCUCUAUUACAAAUGCCGAGUUGGCAGGGAUAGCUCAAGGGUUGCAGCUUUCUUGGGAGCGUGGAUAUCGGAAGGUAGCAGUGCAGACGGACUCAUCGACGGCAAUCUCGCUCAUCCAUUCUGCAGAGGCUGCUCAUCCUCAUUACACUCUAGUUGCUUAUAUCCGCCGGCUUAUGGAGCGGGAGUGGGAGGUCUCCCUGAGCCAUGUGUUCCGUGAAUCUAAUUUUGUGGCUGACCAUUUAGCGUCGGUGGGUCAUUCGUUGUCGAUAGGAACCCACGUGGUGGACUAUCCUGGAGCUGAGUUGCGAUACUGGUUGUAUUUUGAUACUCUUGGGGUCCAGACCCCGCGUUUCAUAACUAUUUAA